GACCUAGUGGGAUUCAUUUGCAUUUCAGUCGCAGUAGGUAGUGAGGCCAGUCGAGGAACCUAUUUCAACACAAUAGCGAUGAUUGGAUUUUGGACUACACUAAUUUUACUGGCACUUUAUAUCUUUCAUGUGGUGGAAAAAUUCAAACUUAUUCCCUGGCUGAAGAUCGAAUUGUGUUUCUGUGGAGCAUUGAGUCUUUUUUACUUCGCAGCUGCUUGUGUAGCUGCAAGUAAUGCAACGAGAGAUUCAGCUUAUGGUGCUGGAGCGUUUUUCGGCUUCUGCGCAACAGUUGCCUACAUUUACGACGCUUAUUUAAAAUUCCGAGCAGUGAAAAGUGGAGCCUCUCCUCAGGGUCAACAUCCAUCCUCAAAGACAGUUUCUACAGUUGCUAGUCCAGCUUACUAAUUCCUGUUUUUCAUCUAUAGAAGGACAUUUAUCAACAAUUACAUCAGUCGAGUUCCUACUUUGAAACUUAAUCCACGUUUAAUAAUAACAUGGAUGCAACUUUUAUAUUUAUAGAAGAAACUCGAAUCGGCGUAAAUAAUUUAGUAUCGCGUCAUAAUAAAAAGUGGAAGAAAA